UACAGUGGGUCACAUUACUUGUUUUUCAAAAUCGGUGGCAAGAUCACAACACCAGUCUCAGCCAGGUAUAGUGAGCACCAUUUGUGGUAAAUUGAACUUUUGAUAAUAGAACCUAAAAAGAUUUAUCUCUAAACGAUUGCAACCUUCUAAAAAGCUUUCUAAAAGUAUACUGAAAGAAAUAUUUAAUUAACAUUGUAAAUUAUCCUGGAAAUAUACGGCUUAUAAAAAAUUGUCGGACAAAUAAGACAACUACUUCGUCUAACAGUAAAGCUUGCAUGAGUUAGAAUUUCUAUUUUUUUUGUAAACCAUUUUUGGUCCACUGUGGCAAGCGGCGUUUGGAAUUGGCUCGUUCCUCUGCUCACCUGUCCGUGUGCACAGUGUGCAUGAGUGGGUGAGAGCGGGAAAAGGAGAAAGAGAGAGAGAGAGGAUCCCUUCACUUGUUAACUGGUUGGGCGAAUAGCUGCCGGCGGCCAGAACCGAACCACUGUAUCCGAAGUUUGAGAUCCGAUAUUAGUCGUACUUUGUCACUCGAUCGGUCACCGCGUCGUUCACUUGCCGCCCGUUCUCUGCUGCGACCAACUGCGAUCCGAUCGACUGGUUGCGGUGUUUGGGUUUUGGCUUGGGCUUCGAUUCCGAGGAGCGGAUGAGGAAGGCGCACCUGGUGAGGAGGAGGAAGGAGCUCCUGCGGCAUUUGGGCCCGCGCUUUAUUGAUUCGCCAAUUAACGAUUACAUUCCGGCACUAUUUACGCUCAGAGAUGACGACCAUGUAAAGGUCACAGGUCAAGAACGGAAAUUAAAAUACCAAAAAAGAACCCGGAGGUGGAUUAGGCCUGUUUUAGCAAUAGCAAUUGAAUUUUGGCACCCCGUUCAGAAUGUGAUCGGAUUAAAGGUGACCCCCGGAAAUGCUAAAGCACGCCUCAACGACGAGCAGUACCGCUGCAACAGCCACUGCUGCUGUGGCUAUAAACCCCCUAUCCAGUUUACUUGGUGGCCAGCUGCUGCGCACAGCCGUCAACAGCAGCAGCAACAUCAAUUGCAAUGGCAAUAGCAACACUAACAGCAACAGCAGCAGCAGCAACAACCACACGGGAAGCAGUGGCAGUGGCCAAAACACACCCCCAGUGGUGGAAACGGAAGCGGGUAUUGCAACCACCAAUAGCACCACCGGCAACACGGGCACGAACACCACUAACGGUGGCUCACCGACACCUGCAGCAGCUGCCGUGGCCAGCACCGCGCGCAAUAUCCACCUGCGACCGCCGCAGCCGUUGAAUAUUUCUGCCCUGAAUGCCUCCGCAUCGAGCACGGUCCUUAACGACGGAGGAGGUGGGGGUCGAGGCUGUGUGGGCAACUCCUCUACGCUACUGAAUAUUGCCACGCCCAGUACGCCGUUGAAACCACUGACACCGCUAACCCCGCUUACCCAGCUGACCCCCAAUGGACACUUUCUGGGCAAUGGGAGUGUUCACCAUCAUACGUACACUAACCAACACAUCCUGGCCAGCAGCAGUAAUCACCUCCAACAACAACAGCUGCAACAACAACAGCAACAACAGCAGCAACAACACCAUCAGCAACAUGCGCAGGCGCAAGGGCUCAAUCACAGUCAGGUGCCACACAACUAUAGGAACUACAGCCACUUGACCACCAAUCCAGUGGGCCACAAGUUUCCGAAAUCGGGUCCUUCGCCUCGCGAGGCCCUUACCAGUCUGGGUCUUCUCUGUCUGAUUUCCCUGCUUCUGGCAAUGCUCUCCUUGAUCUUCCUACUGAGGAUCUCACCAAACGGGCGGGAGGACGCCGUUGUUCGUGGGGCCGGCGGUGAGGACUUCAUUGUCGUCUACGAUGUCACUCUGGCUCUAGGCGCACUGUCCCUGUCGCUGAACCUAUGCUGCUUGCUAGUCUGCGCCAUCCAGUUCCUUUUCGCGGUAAAGCUGCGUGAACCGGCCUUCGAGGGACGAGAGAACCAGUACCUGGCCAAGUCCAGUGCCAGCCGCACUUGUGCCGUCAGCGGCUUGUUCAUCUCCAUACCGGUCUUUCUCACUGGCCUGAUCCUGUACACCUUUAGCCACUUUCAUUCCACGCCAGCAAUCGUGACAAGUCUACUGAUCGGUGUGGGCAUCGUCUUUUGCGGCGGCGCCAUGGUGCACAACGUCUUUGUGUGGCAGCGGGAGAAAACCAUAAGCUACCGAGGUGCUCCGCCAGGUCUGACGCACAACUUGUCCGUGAUUUCGGGAGCUCAGUUGCCAGUGACCAUGCCUAUGCCACUGCCACUGCCGCCGGGUCCGUUCCAUGCGUACCAGGGGAGCCAUCAGAGCCACCAGGGUCACAUGGUACCACCCUCUGUGACGGCUGUCUCUCCUAACCACUCGCAUGGCAGCUUUAACCCACUGCUUCUUGGGGGAGGAGGGGGUGGCGGAGGCUGCUGUGGAGGUGGAGGAGGAACAAUGGGGGCAGUAAAUUCAUCCUUUUUGGUGCGUCCUGCCACGGCAACGCCACCAACGCCGACACCCAGGACACUAGCGAACAGCAGCUGCCUCACGGCAGGUCGCGAAGCCAGCGGAUCGGUCAGUCCCGGCAUUCCACCGACGCUAGACAUGAGUAACAUCACCGUCCUGCUGCAUGAGCUUUCCACGCUCGUCUAGACUGUAGACCUACUAAGUAGACCUAGCAUAGACUUAUAGAUAGACGAUAUCCACCGCCCGCCCACAUCUUGCCGAACUCUAGCUUUAAGAACUCCCAUUGUAAAUAUCUGUACAUAUUCAUCCGAAAUAUCGAACAAAUUAACAUGAUUCAAAGUUUUAUAUUAUUGCCAUUUAAAUUAAAUUAAAUUUACCAGUUGGCGAUGAAAUUUAAUUACAAAUUAAUCUACAAACAUUUCACUUCUGUUUAUCUUGUUCGAAGAUUUUUUAUAAACGUCUGAUCGGGUUUAACACAUCCAUAACGUAUAGUCUCAACAAAAUGCCGUACACCUUUUUUAUAU